AUGACGAGCAUUGCGACACACACUGUUGCACCCCCAAAGGUGAAGGACGGGGAAGAGGAGUCCAUUUGGCACAUCUAUGAGGGCCGCACCUACCGCGUGCCCAUGUCGUUUGUGCGCCGUCACCCAAACGGGCAGAAGCUGCUGUUGCCGUACGCGAACCGCGACAUUACGCAGGCUUACAACGAAGCAGGUCACUCGAAGAAGGCGAUGCGCACGCUGCUGAAGUUUCUGGAUGAGUCUGUCUCCAUAGAGGAGCUGCAGCUGCUAUGCGAGAAGGCGUGCGAGAGGGACAGCCAAUACACUUGGAACUGGUGUGUGCGGGCCGGAAGUCUGCUGAGUGUGGUAACAGUGAUGAUGGCUGUGUACAUGCGCAGCAAACAGCGGUCUGCUUAG